AUGAUUCCACUUAGGCAAUUCACUCGCCAAUGCAAUAGAGUGCGUCUGGGGUGGAAUACCCCCAUUCGCCACUUCUCUGUUUCUCGUACUGUCGCCGUGGAUGGCGACAGUCAACCACCGCAGACAGCCAAACCUGCGUCGAAGCCAAAGCUCCCCACGACUCCUCCGAACAAGCCUCGCCCUUCGAACAAGCCUCCAGGAUCCGGGCCGCAGAACAAACCUCGCCCUUCGAACAAGCCUCCAGGAUCCGGACCGCAGAACAGACCUCGCCCCGCCAGAGCUCUAGAUGCGAGAGCAUUCGCUGCGCCAAAAGCUGGUGGUGAGCAAUCCAAGAUCAUUCGUAACCCCCGGCUUCGCACUGCUCGAGGUGGAAAUCAACCCCAGGGCAAAUUCAAGCCUGCGCCUAAGAAAGGUCUACGGAAAACGCGAACUAGAACCUCAAGGAAGGCGGAAGCAGAUGAUGGCGAGGAUGUGAAUGCUGCUGGUAUCGAAAAGAUCGAACAAGAGCAAGUGAUUAAGGCUCGGCCGACGCCGGUUCGCUACGAGCCUCGGGAGAUCGAUUUCUCUACGCUCCAACAGACAUGGCCUUCUCUUCCAACCGAUAUCAACGCUCAAUCGGCUGCAGUUCUAGAAAAAAUCACCAGUCUGAGUGGCCGCUUCCCGAAUGGUUAUGUCCCUCCCUACGAACUAGGUCGACGAAUUUGGAAGGGCCAAAAUGUCUUGUUUCAUAGCGAGGCAGAAAAGAUGGAGGCCUUGGAGGAGGUCAAGCGACUGGCCCAGGCUCGCGCAGAUAAAAUCUCCCAGCAAAAGGGAGAUCUUGUGGAGCCUCGUAAUAUCGAGUUCAGUGCCAUUAACACACAAGACUCCAAGAUCUUACUGGAAACAUAUGCCCUUGGGAAGUACCCCGGCGUGGAGAUUGCUCAGGGCCAACCUGCUGUUCUCGGCGAGGUAGCAAAGAAUCUCCGCAACAAUGGAACAUACCAGACUGCGGGCAAGAGGCCACAGUUCUUGGCCAAAGUCGAAUCCUUACUGGCCUCCAGUCGGGUCAAGCGUUGA